UGGAUACUCGAGUUUUUUUUUGACUUUUUCUGUUUCUGACUUGCAGCGCUUUGCUCCGCCCGACACAUGUCCGUUAUCACACGGUUGAAUGUUUAUUAUUACAGUUAGCCUUUACCAUCGGAAGCGGGAGCGGGAACGCUAGUUUAAGCUUGUAUUAUAUAUACAAGUAUAGAUUGUCAGGGUGGAGGGUUUGGACUGCGCUGCGCUGGGUAAUAUUGCGAUGUCAUGCCCUUUUUACCGAGAAAUUUGGAGCGGAAAGGAUCUUUGCGUGUGCACGUAACGGCAUUUGCGCGCGCGCCGUGGUAUGAUGGUAUUAUUAUAAAAACGUGCUGGGGGGGUGGAGAAGGGUAAACUGUCAUGUUGUUUAUUGAUACUGGCAUGCUAUGUGAGGGUCCGGCUUGAAUGAGUUGACUGGUUCAUCCUUUCUCGUCAAUCUAUGUGAAUUUUGGGUGCGGAUCCUAUGGUUGGGGCGAGGAGCCUUAUUGUUUGGAGUUUCGCCGCCAUCUGUUCGCCGGAUGGUCGAUGUUCUACGGAUUGGCAAGCUCGAUGCCGGGUCUGGGGCGAAUGAGCUGAAGGGGGAAGUAAGGAGUAGUGGGUGCACAAGCCUGCGGCGGAUCAUAUGUAUGCAUUUUAUAUCGUACCGGUACCCCAAACGAGGUGUCUUCCCAGCAGUUUCGUUCCCCCUCUCCAUUCGAGGACGCGAGGAUGCGAGGAUGGGGAGGGAUCGGGGUGGCCUUAGGUUGGUCGUUAAGGGUAACAGGUGAGGUUGUAUUGCCACUCUUUUUUCUUUCCCUUUGACACAGCGGGUGUCAUGAUACAAGGUACAGUACCGGUGGACCAUGCAUGCACAGUACAGUGGGUACCAUCAUGGUGUUCGGACACGAGGCUCUUCCGGAAGUGCCUGCUUCCGCCUGGAGGUAUAUACGGGGAGUGGGAAAGCGGAGGAAAGACACAGGAAAUCGCCAGAGACUCCCACGCCCUCCCGGAGGGAGGUGGUAGCGCAUGCGGGGCGAAGAGAGCUUUUCUUCCUCCUCUGUUUCUUUGUUUCUUUAGUGCAACGCCAGUCCAGGGUGCAGCACCGUUCGGGGGAUUGAAUGCGUUUGAGCCGGAGGAACUGGAUGGGCGCUUAUCUACCGGUUUUGGGAGAACCCCACCACCACCACCACCACCAAUCUCCAACCCUUCCAGGGGUUGUCCGAUGUCAGAUCGAAAUUACCCUUUUUUUUCUUUUUUUCCGGCCCCAAGAACUGAGUCCAGCUCCCCGAGCCAGUGGGGAAUAAGCCCGUAUUGUUGACGGUUUUAACUUGGGCCGCGAGGGUCUCUCUCUGUCUUGGUCUCGGUCUCUGCUUUUCUUUUUCCUCUCUUAUUUUCUGCUCUGGGUGUAAGACGUUCCAGCCUUUCUACCCGCCAUCACCCAUUCAGUGCCACCCAUCAUCACCCAUCAUCCACCGCACUCACCACACCCACCGCCUCCUCCGCCCUUCCAUUGUCCCCUCCAGGCAAAGGAGUUGUGGGCAGAGGGGGAGGUGAAAAAUAAAAUAAAAAGACGAGUGGGAGGAGGCUCAGCAUGAUGAUUGUUUUCGCCAUAGACAAGGGUGGCUUAUGCCGGAGCUAUCAAUGCGGAUUGGCAAGCGAGGAGGAGUCUUAUGCCGAAGAUCUGGGUACCUAAGCAACGAACGACCGCACUCCCUCUAUAUACAAAUCAGCUUGCUACGGCUCUCGGCUGUGCCUCUUAUUUUCCUUUCUUACUCUUCUUUCUUGUCCGAACAAUCACACUCUCUUAUGAACCCUCUGUGAGGUGCCUUUCUUUAACAUCACUUCCCCUCCUUCCCUCCCCCGUCAUCGGGGCAACAAUGAUAUUAUACGAAUGCCGCUUUGGGACUUUAUGGAUUACGACACUGGCGCUGUGUUAUUAUUCUUUGGUGGUUGGAGGACAGACGCUGGGAUCUUUGACAACGAGCGGGUGUUUUCGGUGGUGUUUAAUUCCAAGAUGUCCCGGUCUGGAGACAAAUUGUGUGUGCUCGGGGUUUAGGGCGGCGCUGGAGGUGGCGGAUAUAUGGGAGUGUGCCCUGCAGGCCUGCCCAACUGCGGUUGCGAUGGCAGGUUUCGCCAUCUUGGUGGACGAAUGCCGCCCCUCUAUAUCAACUUCCACAAGAAGCAGCAGGACGAGAUCCCGUACAACCAUCCUUCCUCCCUUCCCUACGUCUAGCCCCACCUCUGCUAGCACCACAACAAGCAAUGUUAUAAGUACCUCCACAUCCA